GGGCGCUGGAGCAGGGAGCGAUCCCGGCGGGAGCCAGGCAGGCAGGCAGGCAGGGCGCCACGGGCUGGCGGAGGGCGGCUGGCCGGGGCCGCCCUGCCCCUCCUCGCCUGCCGGACAGAUGUGCCUUUUCGUCCCUGUUACCCGGGAGCAUCCCUGUUGCGGUGCCCGCUGCUGUCCUGCCACCGAGCGUCUCUGGCGGUGUUUCCAGAGGAAAUGGAUCAUGGCCAAGGCCAACGUGGAACUUCCUUGCGUGGCCCAGGCGGGCAGUUUUCCUGAGUGUGCUGAGGUGCUAGAUUCUGACAAAAUUAUGUUUUCAACUGAUGUUUUUCAAGGCUGUUCUAGAAUGCAGAUAGUCUAGAGAUGGAAAGCUAGUUUUGGCUUUCAGACAGAAGACACACAGAAAGAGAAAAGCAGAAAGAGAAUAACAAUAGCAUCGAAUGCAGCGAGCCAGGAACCAUGGAUCUGAAAUUCGCUUCAUCAAGAAAAUACAUUUCCAUCAGUGUACCUUCCAAAUCUCAAACUAUGUCUCCUCAUAUCAAAUCAGUGGAUGAUGUCGUAGUUCUUGGCAUGAAUCUCAGCAAAUUUAACAAACCUACUCAAUUUUUCAUCUGUGUUUCUGGAGUUUUUAUGUUUUAUCUAAUCUAUGGAUAUUUACAGGAAUUGAUAUUUUCAGUGGAAGGUUUUAAACCUUUUGGUUGGUACCUCACUUUAGUGCAAUUUGGAUUUUAUUCCAUUUUUGGACUAAUAGAAUUGCAGUUGAUUCAGGACAAAAGGAGAAGAAUACCUGGCAAAACCUACAUGAUAAUAGCAUUUUUGACAGUGGGAACUAUGGGUUUGUCAAAUACCUCUUUAGGAUAUCUGAAUUACCCUACUCAAGUCAUCUUCAAGUGCUGUAAGCUCAUUCCAGUAAUGAUAGGCGGGGUUUUUAUACAAGGAAAACGUUAUAACAUUGUAGAUGUGUCUGCUGCCCUAUGUAUGAGUCUUGGAUUAAUAUGGUUUACUUUAGCUGACAGCACAGUUGCACCGAACUUCAAUUUGACAGGUGUGGUCCUAAUAUCCCUUGCCCUCUGCGCAGAUGCAGUUAUAGGAAAUGUACAGGAAAAAGCUAUGAAGUUGCACAAUGGUUCUAAUUCAGAAAUGGUUUUGUAUUCCUAUUCAAUAGGUUUUGUGUAUAUUUUAUUUGGAUUAACAUGCACUAGUGGAUUAAGCCCUGCAGUAACAUUUUGCUCAAAGCAUCUAGUUCAGACUUACGGUUAUGCAUUCCUUUUCUCCCUGACUGGGUAUUUUGGCAUAUCCUUUGUUCUAGCUUUGAUUAAAAUCUUUGGUGCCCUUCUCGCUGUAACAGUAACAACAGGAAGAAAAGCAAUGACAAUCGUGCUUUCUUUCUUGUUCUUUGCAAAACCAUUUACAUUACAGUACGUGUGGUCAGGCUUACUUGUUGUCCUUGGUAUAUUUCUUAAUGUUUACAGUAAGAAUAUGGAUAAAAUCAAACUGCCUUCACUGCAUGGUCUUUGGAAAAAAACUGUGGAAGAGAGAAAAACAAGGACGUUGUCACAAACUGUAUAGACAGCGGUUUAUGCCUUGUCUAGACUUUGACUUCCUAUUUUAUUGGAACAGUCUUCGACUGAUUCACUUUCCAAAGGGAACAUUAUUAAAACCAAAGGAGCUGAAGGCAUAUUGUCUCCUUGCAGAUUGCUGUAAAUGCACACUUUUGGGAGCCCUUUCUUCAGAGCACUUGAAUUCAUCGUUAAAGGUGUUGUAGGCCAUGGUCAGAUGGCUUUAUCAGGCAAUGAAGGACAGCAGCUCCUGGCAAACUGCUGAGAAGCUGCACUCAAGUGGGACACUGUAGAAGACUAGUUUGGGCAUUUUAAUAAUAUUGGCCAUGUGGCUGAUCUGAGAUUAGUGGUUCUUUGUUAAUUGUCUAGGUGGAGUAAUUUAAAUGUAAUUGUAUUAACUUUUAAUGGAACCUAAUCACCAACUGGUCGACCAAAUUGCGAUUUUAAAGGUGGAAGGUUUAGAACAUGGUAUGUUGUCACUCUUUUACAUUUUAAAUAAAAAUGUUGGGUUUUUUUUUAAUUUAUUGUUUAGAUCAUCACAGAACUUGGUAUUUAUUGUAAUAAUUGAAAUUUUUAUGGAAAUCUUCGUGUCACUCUUUUUGACUAUUGCUUGCAAGUAGCAAAACUGAGACGGAGUUUGUUUAGUCAACACCCACACUUUGGUAAGGGGGGAAAGGGCUUUUUGGCCUGAAUAGGGUGAGAACACAGAAUGAAAAAAAAAUGUGAUUGAAACAGUGGUACAAGAAACUGUUAUUUGCUUAUUCUGUGGUGAAAUACAAAAAUUUUAGUGGCCUAUGGCCCUCUGUAUCGUAGUGGUGUAAAGAGACAUGGAAGUUCUCUUUAAAUUAGUAUAAUCAAAUUGAAAUACUUCAAUUUCAAUAUUGGAGUAAAAAGUAUCAGCAUCUGCUAAUGUGUUUGGAAUAUGUAUUGUGUUUGUGUGGUCUUCUGAUGAAGUGAUGAAGUUAAGAGGAUUAGGGUACAGAUUACAGUUUUCUUUCUUUAAUGCCAGGAGGAGACAGUGUACUACCAGUCUGUCUUCUUCAUCAUGAAUUUAGGAAGACUAAGUCCAUUUAUCUCUCUUAUUUUCAUAUUCAACUUGCUUUAGAAUCAUUUGCCAUCUCUUUCAUUUUAUAUAUUUAACAAAGCACUUUAAAAAUACUAAUCACCUUACAAAUCAUUGUU